AUGGUGAUCAUCAAUGGACGACGAAGCCCUAUCUGCUUCACUACAACCAUGUUAUCACUAUCAAUCAUGAUGAUGAUGAUGAUGACAACUAUGGUGAAAGAGUGUGAUGGGUGGAUGACGCCAUGCAAUGGCAGCACCACGGUGGAGUGCAUCCAUGUAGUUGAGUUCGACGAAGAGGUAGAGUUUCAGAUGGAUACAGAAGUACAUAGGUGGAUUCUGGGGGAGAAAAACUCUGGGAAGAAUCAUAUAAGUGGUAAAAGUUUGAAUAAAAAUAAGGCGGCUGGCGGCCCCGGAUCAAAGAAUUACAAUGCCGUAGCUGGUCACCAGCCGGUUGCAGCAUACGUGGAUAGUAAUUGGAGCUCCAUGUCGGCGUUGAUGUGGACGAUUGAGUUUACCUUUGCCUUUACACAUCAUAUAUGGUAA